AUGACUAGCUACAACACCCUUCCUGCCCAGGACCCUGGCACCUUCCCAAGACCCUCCCCCGGCGUAGCCACCGAGACUACUCGCCCCCCCACGCCCGACGAACACCUCAACAUCAAGGUCACGGACGGAAAUAACGAAGUGUGUUUUAAGAUCAAGAGAAGUACCAAACUAGAGAAAUUGAUGAAGGCGUUUUGUGAACGACAGAGCAAAGACCCCCGAAGCGCAAGAUUUUUAUUUGAAGGACAGAAGGUUCGCGCGACCGAUACUCCAAACGAG